CAAAGUCUCUUUCUACCCUACUUUCUUCUUUUUUUUAACAAGACGAAAAUUUUGUAAAACUUUGUAAUCAAAAUUCACAUUUUGCCUGAUUGCAUCUCUCCAUGGCUGCAACUAUUCAAGAAAACGCAUGAUAAUUUCCCAAAACAAAAUUGCAACAGCUGAUUAAUUACCCAAAACAUUGCCGAACGCUGUAAAAAUAAAAAAAAUAAAAGCGGCUGUCAUGCGCGUAGAGAACUUAAAAAUAAAACUUUGCGAAUGAAGGUACAAAGCAAACUAAAAACGGAGCGGUAGACAAAAGUUGAUAAAGGUAAAGAGUGUUGUGGCAAAAAAAAUUUCGAGCAAAUUCUAUUCCUUGCUGUGCGAUUAAAAGUUUAGAAAAAUAAUUGCAAAUACAAGCAAAAUAAAAAAAUACCUAUUCUCAACGGAGUUGGUGUACGGACACAAUCGUGGGUGGUAAAAUUGUAGAGAAAUUACCGGAUUUGCUUCGUAGUUCUUUGGACCUUCAUUUGGUCGUGUUCAGUUGAUAUUGAUUUGACUCUAUUAUAUUGUGGACUGCAGCAUUGCUUAAGAAGUGCAAAAAAUGGAUAUCUUGCGUAAAAUGUUUAAAAUGAACGAGAAGGAGUCAAACUCGAACGGUUCGGACCGUAAAGAUGAAGAAAGUGCAAAGGACGAGUUUCGUAAGCCCCAGUGGUUUGAGGAAGCCGAAACAGAUGAUGAACUUUUCGAUGAUAACCGCAAGUUUGCUUUUCAAAUUUUUACAAAUCCUGUGGAGUUGCAGAAACACUUUGAACGUCAAAUGCAGCAAAUCUUGGAGGCAGUGAGUGAAUUUGAAGAGGGUGAUGUUAAAAUUGACAAAGAUCUAAAGGAGGACUUUUUAAAACCUGGGUUUGAAAAUAUUGACAUUUUGAAAGAAUUUGAGAAAAAGAAAGGUGAAAUUAUGGACACUGACUUAGAUGGCGAAAUUUACGCCGAUCAGCUGCAUUCUUUAAUGCAACGGUUGUCGCCUAAUGAAGAAUUACCAAAUAUUUUGCCGCGUAAUGAUAACAAGGCGAUUCGCAAUCCUAUUCGAAAUAAAAAAUUGAGUGACGAGGACAAAAUUUUGGGUAAAAUACAUGGAACUCUUGAGAGUGAGGACGCAAUUCCGAAGCAACCACGAGUGCCUCGCUCGCGCCCUGAUAUGAUGACGCCAAUGACACCAAUGAUUCCACGGGGUCCAACACCAUUUGGCGGUGGUGUAUUUGAAGGGACUUAUCAGGGGCCAAAAAUGUUUAGUCAGAGCAUAAUGUCUAAGACUAUUCGCAAACCGGAUGGAAGUUAUGAGACUACCAAAAUUACUAAGGACUCACAAGGUAACACAACAACAACUGUAACACGUACCGUCGAUGGAAAAUCGGAAACAAUAACCACAUACGAUAAUGCUGUAGGAAACACCGUAAUCAAACAAAAGGAGGGCGGCAUAGCCGAAAAAUAUUCUGAUCGCAAUAUUGCCGUAACAAAAGAAGGUUACGCCGUACCAAGGAACCUCUGGUGACCAGUGGUGCUUAUCGGCCGAAACCUUGUUGGCAACUUAUUACCCGUCUAUAUUCAAAUUCAGAUAUACUAUGUAUUAGUAACUAGAUCUUUAAGUGUUUGGUGUUUUAGAUGAAAUUCAAUUGAGGCUACAGAUAGCAGAUAGCAUUGCAAAGGCAGCAGCAGCAGCAACUACAACAGCAACAACAACAUCACGGAUGACCGCAGCAUCCACAGCCAUGACAGAAACAUAUACAGAAACAGUAUGGUAGACGUACAUAGAUGAAUAGACGAAUUGUAAAAUUUAUUCAUCUUUUGAAUUGGAUUUUGAAAUGAACGAUUUGCAUAGAAAGCUCAUUUUUACGUGUGCUACACAUCUUAAUAAUCGUCUACAACCCUCUCAAAUGUGCAAUUCUAUACUGGUUCUGUACUGUUUUCAUGGAAUUUAUUUCGUAUAUCUUAUUAUUUUAAUUUGAUUACGAACAUCUUCAUGGAGCGUAAACAAACAGAACUGUGUGAUUUAUUUCGUAGACGCUCAUAUCAAAGCAUGAAACCAAUUAAUCCAACAAUCAAAAGAACACACUAGGAUUAUUUGGUAAAUGCCAGCCAGCGUUCGCGUCAGCGUCAGCAAGGGCGAAAAGAAUUGUUUAUUUGUUGAAACGUUUUUACGUUUAACACACAAACGAGAUGCCCGGCCAAAGAACCGUCAACAGCGAAGGUGUCCAAGAAGGAUAGCUAGUUAGUUGGAUAGCCAUUUACCGAAAUGUUUUAAUAAGAAAGAAAAUGAAGAAUGUAGUAAGUGUAAAUAAAUAUAUUUGUAUUUGAUGACGGUUGGCUACGCAACGACAAUUGACAGCGAUAAAUAUUACAUAAAGUAUUUUUUCUUUGAUUCUUUAGUUAGCACGAUUUAAUUCGUGAUAUGGAUUUUUCUAUGUGUGGCUGCUUUCAAUUGAGAGAAUAUUUGAACGCGAUGAUAUCCCAAUAAUUGCUUUAAUCAUAUAUGAUUACAUUCAAUAUUGAGUAUGUGUGUGAUAAAGUAAUAUUUGGUUACUGCAGUACUGAGUUUCAAUGAAAUCCAUCUAAAGUGCAAGAACAAAGAAAUUUUUGAAAAAUACAUCUACAUGCAUAUAUACAUACUUAUACUCCAUAUAUACAAAUAUGUUAAAAAUAAGUUAAUAUUCAUUUUCAUUAUCGCAUUAACACUUUUAACAUUAGUUAUUAAAAUGUCUUUACUUAUUUCUAUGAACUUACAUGCAUACAUACCUAUUGGCAAAUAUAAAGACUACUAUUAUUUCAUAGUAAUUUGAAACUUAAAUAAAUCCUAGUUUUGAAAUUCUUGACAAAAUUUAAAUAUUUUAAUAUAUGAGUGCAUAAUUUAAACCUAAGUUCGCUACGUUAGAACAUUAUUUCAGUUGAAAAUUACUUUUUUUUAUGAUAGCAUAAUAGAUGAUAUUAAAAUAUAUUAGUUUAAGAAUUGUUUUUUUUUUUUAAAGAGUACAUAUAUUGGUUCGUUAAUAAAUAAUCAUUCAGUGUUCUAUAUUAUUACCAAUGCAAAUAUAAUUUAGAAAUAUUUGUAUUUACAUACUUAUAAUAAAUAAAUACUACAUACAUACACUUUCAUCUACUUACGUGUGCAAUUAAAA